AUGUCGCAUCCCAUGAUACGCAGAUUCUCAGGAGAGCGAGCCCCGUCGCCAACCCCUUCCAUCUGGGGAGUGCUUAUCGCACAGACCGCCCCCAGCGGUGAAAACGGUCUGCUCUCGGCCUUGCGAAGGCAACCAUCAGAGGAUGACGUCAAGGGGUUUCUGCAAAUUCACGGGACCGGAGGCGGACUGGUUGAAGCGCUGCCAAGUAAUCAAUACAAGCGCGCCGUCCUUUUUGAGAGUUGGGAUCGGUUCCCACCGCCUGGCACCGCCCCGGCAGGUAGUUGCACCGGCGACAGCGAUGGCGAAGCCUCCGUGUUAGGCUCUCUGGGGUGCUUGUCGGGCUUUCUCCCGCUUCUUCUUGCACUUCGCGGCGAUGUGGUGCGCAUUGGCCGGCUGUCGAGCAACGAUAUCGUCCUCGCGGGUAAUCCGUACAUCAGCAGCGUCCACUGCGCCCUGUUUCUCACAUCGACGUUGGAGAGGGCGUCCUUAGCAAAGAGGGGCAAAUCGCAUCAUCUGGGCACCGCCGUGGCUGCUGGUGGCAUUGAGGUAACCUUCUCGGACUACAGCACCAACGGCUGCCAUAUCAACGGCGUGAGGCUUGGGAAGGGCAAGGCGUACACGUCACUCCGCUCCGGCGAUAUCGUGGAGCUCGUGAACGCGGGGGAGGACUGUACGGAGGCUCACAACGUCAAGCUCCUCUAUCUUGACCAGCCUGGCUUUGCUAGGUGGCUGGCUGAGAACGCGGGAGAGGUGCAGGGGGCAUCCGUCGACAGAGUUCAGGGCUGUGGUGGAAACGACAAACUCCCACAGCGGGAGGAGACCCGCCCGCCGUCUCGCACCGGUCAACGCUACAAGGAGGUGAUGAUCCGGGCGCGUUUGGAUGUGGUCGCGCAGGUGCGGCGCAUGUACAACCACGACGUGGAGGACUUCUACGUGUUGGACAAGCGAGCACCGCCCGGGGAGGGUGCCUUUGGGAAGGUCUACGCUGGCGCCUUGAAGCCGAUGGCGUCUGACGCGAAUCAAAAGGGCCACCUCGUGUCGUUUGCAGGGUAG